GUCCUAUGUUCCACCGUCCACGUCGUUGUCCCGUCGCAACUGACGAGCCUAUACUGGAGCCAUCUCCUUUCAUCUCUGCCCACAGCAAAACAAUUCUGUGCCUCCCCAAAACACCAUACAAACCCACCAUCCCGGCCAACUUCUUCCCCCUCGACUUCAAUUUCACCUUCUCGCCGCUAAGGUCUACGUGACUUUGUCCAUCCAUCGUCCAUCCCCCUUUUCGCAAGCCGAUCAAGGUUGCUGCCGCCUACUCUUCACGAUGUCGAUCGUCUCGCUUUUGGGUGUUCAGGUCCUGAACAACCCCGCCAAGUUCACGGACAAGUACGAGUUCGAGAUCACCUUUGAGUGUCUUGAGUCCUUGGAGAAGGACCUUGAGUGGAAGUUGACCUACGUUGGCUCGGCUACCAGCGACCAGUAUGACCAGGAGCUCGACAGCCUGCUGGUAGGACCUGUCCCUGUCGGCGUCAACAAGUUCAUCUUCGAGGCCGAUGCGCCUAACACGUCCCGAAUCCCCGACGCCGACAUUCUCGGCGUCACUGUGAUCCUCCUGACCUGCGCCUACGACGGUCGCGAGUUCGUUCGCGUCGGUUACUAUGUCAACAACGAAUACGACUCGGAGGAACUCAACGCGGAGCCACCUUCGAAGCCCAUCAUCGAGCGCGUCAAGCGCAAUGUCCUUGCCGAGAAGCCCCGUGUGACUCGUUUCGCCAUCAAGUGGGACAACGAGGCUUCCGCCCCCGCCGAGUUCCCUCCUGAGCAGCCUGAGGCUGACCUUGUCGCCGAUGAGGAAGAGUAUGGCGCUGAGGAACGUGAGGAAGAGGAGGCCGAUGUCGCUCUCGACAGCGGUGCCAACGGCGAGAAGCCCGCUGGUGAGGAUGCCGAAAUGGCAGGCGUUGAGAACGGUGAGGGCGAGGCUGCCCCAGUUGAGGAGGACGAGAUGUCAGACGACGGCAGCGUCGACAUUGAGGGCGAGAGCGAGGACGAGCUGGAGGAGGAGGUUGAGGGCGAGGCUGUCGAUGACGAUGCAAUGGACGUUGACACCUCGGCCGACAAGCCUGCCGACUCGGCCAGCAAGGCCACGGAGGUCGCUUCCCACUAGAAUGCCACCUUGGACAGUUGUUUUGACGCUUUUACCCAUACCCCCAUUGUUUUUGCCAACCUCGGAGAAUAUUCCACAAGAAUAUGCGCAGGAUGGCGGUUUACACGAAGAAUACGACCUGGACGAUGAUUGCAUAAGGUAUUCGAGCCAUUGAGUAUAGAUGAAGUGGCCUGAGAAGAAAGAGGACGAGCCAAGUGCCGCCGAGAUAGCCUUGGUCUCUGUAAUUAGAUGCAAAUGAUACAUUUUUCUGUGGACGCUGGUCCUUACGACGUCAACUGGGAAGUGUGACUGCGAGGAAGAUACGGUAGGUAUCCUCAGAAUCCGAGCCUUAACCCAAAGCAUUGCUCGGUGAAGGAGAACGGAGGCAUGCAAAGCUCCACACGGCAAAGCAACGCAAUACGCUCUAGCGCGUUCCUUUGCAUCGUGUGAUUGAGACAUUUUCAAACAAACGGCGGCGGAC